UCACAGUCAGGUAGCGCGCGCCGCUCUCAAAUCAGCUCUGCACGGCGACGCCGCUUCCAAAGGCUGCGGACCUGCCCAGGCAAAGCUGCUGCGUCACACGAGGGGCUCGGACUCACAUUUAAAGGGGAGGGGGCAAUUACCGUUACUAUACCCCCCAAGCAUCCACUGAUACGGCUUUCAUCUUUAUUUUCAAUCCACCAGAAUAGUACCCUAGGAGGCCCGUUCACUUUAAAGAAUGGUGAAACUGGGAAGCAAUUUUAGCGAAAAGAAUAACGCAAAACAGCCUGCUGCUGAAGAUGGAUUUGACACCAUCCCCCUCAUCACACCCUUAGAUGUCAAUCAGCUACAAUUCCCCCCUCCAGAUAAGGUGGUUGUAAAAACUAAAACAGAAUAUGACAGUGACUACAAAAAAGGCAAAUUCCGUUCACCUAAAAUUGCUGAAUUUUCAAUAAGCAUCACUGAAGGGGUUUCUGAGCGAUUUAAGGUCACAGUUUUAGUUCUCUUUGCACUGGCAUUCAUAACUUGUGUAGUGUUUUUGGUGGUCUACAAGGUAUACAAGAAUGACCAUGCCUGUCCAGAAGGAUUCAUCCUGCAGCAAAGCCGGUGCAUCCCAGCUGGAAUAGACAGUUAUUACUCUGAACAGGAUUCCAGUGCCCGAGGAAAAUUCUACACGGUUAUUAACCACUACAACCUGGCCAAGCAGACCAUCACUCGCUCUCUGUCACCCUGGAUGACUGUGAUGUCUGAAGAAAAGGUAUCUGAGCAGGAGACGGAGACGGCUGAAAAGGCUGCUUAGAGUAAAGGGGGUGUAAUCAGUAAAAACAACGAAAGCUGACCAGCUAACUGCAAGCAAACAUUAAUUAUAACUAAGGGCAUCAAGCUAAUGAUUACAAAAAAAAAAAAAAACAACAAAAAACAUAUUUAUCUUGAAGGUUUUUGUUUGAAGUUUCUUAGAUAAAUAUAUAUUUUUAAUGAUGGUUUGAUUUGAUUAUACUUAGAAUACUUGACACAUUUUUAAAUUAGCAAUUGUUUAAGUCCUUCCACUUGAUCUGUAAAAAUGUACUUUAGUUAAUCUGAAUUGUUCGAUGGCUAUAAUUAAAGUUUGCUUUCAGGAAAUAUGAAAAUUUGUUAAAAAAAGUGGAUUUUGAAAGAAUGGGGAACAAACAAUGGCCAAGUAGCUUUCCUUUAAUUUAUUUUAUUUUAUGCUCACAAUUGCAUUUUCUGUUGUCUCUCUAACUGUUAAAAAAUGCAGAUUUCUAAGUGAUAAUGAAGUUCUCUACGCCAUUUGGUAAGCUGGAUGUUGUUUUAUUAAUGCUGUCAAGCAUAAACUAUAUUACUUCUCCACUGUGGCUGUUGCAUAUUAGGUAGGACGUGCACUGGAAAUCAAAUACAUGUGAAUGUGAAUUAAUUACAAACACAAAUGAACAAACAAAAACAUGCAGACGUCUGUUUCUAACUGCCAUUUAACUAAUGUGUAUUCAGUAGUGUCAAGAAUUUGUAAUGACAGAAUUAUGUUAUCAUUCUUAUAGAUGCACUAUCUUUAGUUUGUUUUUAUUUUUAUAUUAUUAAUGCAGGGUGUAACAAAACAAAAGAUGAAAAAUCAUGUUAAAAAUUUCAAAUGAUCAUAGGCUAUUUUGUGACCUUUAUAGAAAAGAAUUUAAUGAUUAGUUGAAUUAAUUUGAUUGAAUACAAAUUCAAAUAUUGUAAUAAUGUAA